CACAGCCUCCUAAGUAUCAUCGCCUGGCGAUACCCUCACACGUCCUUCUUCCGCUCGCUACGUUGCCUGGUUGAGCUUCAUCAUGUCGCCUCGCCUCUCUGGGCAACUGGCCCAACUGCCCUUGCUAUCCAUUUGGGGCUCCUGUCCCACCGUUCACGGUCAGGUCCCCAUCCGCACAUUCGGUAUCCGCUCGCUGAACCCCCCGAAAACCUCCCGCUUCGAUGUCGGUCCGGGACUACCUAUCCUGAAAUCGUCGCCUACUGCGGCUUUGGAGCGCAAGGCUAAUACCCUUCCGCUACGCACUGGCGCAAUUGCAACUAAGAAAGGAAUGACCGGCUUGUAUGACGCGGAGUCCGGGAAACGUAUCGCUUGCACUGUCCUACAACUGGAUCGACUCGAGGUUAUAUCGCACAAGACAGUGCAAAAGCAUGGUUACUUCGCCGUUCAGAUGGGUGCUGGCUGGAGGCGGCCUGCUAACCUGACAAAGUCACUAUUGGGACACUUUUCGGCCAAUGGUGUUUCGCCAAAGCGCCAUGUCUGUGAGUUUCGGGUGAAGGAUGAGACCGGUCUUUUGCCUGUCGGACAAGCAGUCAAUGCCAAUUGGUUUGAAGUGGGCCAGUAUGUUGAUGCGCGAUCGAAUUCAAAGGGUAAAGGCUUUGCCGGUGUGAUGAAGAGACAUGGUUUUGGGGGUCAAGAUCGCAGUCACGGUGUCAGUUUGACGCACCGUUCGCUUGGUUCUGCAGGCCCCAGUCAGGGCGGUGGUUCUCGUGUCUACCCGGGCAAGAAGAUGGCGGGAAAUAUGGGAAAUGAGCAGAAUACGGUACAAAACCUCAAGAUUCUUCAGGUGGACCAGGAGAAUGGGAUCAUCGUGGUUAACGGUUCAAUCAGUGGUCCCAAAGGCUGUGUCGUAAGGAUACAGGAUGCUCUCAAGAAGCCGUGGCCCGAAGUCGCGGCCACUUCUAAAUCGACCUAGUGGUCGAUUCGAAUGCCUCUGCUUCAUGCCUUUCACUCGAUCUUCAAUUUCCCCUCACCCUCUUCUUUUCCCAUGAAAUGUGCUAUAACUUCAUACUUUUUUCCUCCAUAGAGCGACGUUUGUAUUUGAUGUGUAAAUGAAAUCCUUAAGUCAGAUCAGAUCGUCUCAGCUCCUGUCCGAACUUGCAAUUCAUGACAUUCCUGUCACGUCAUGAACCUGCAUGUCAAAUGGUGAAAGAGUGGUGAGGAAAACAGCACAGAUGCCUUCCAAUGACCGAACGCCCUAGCACAAUGCACAUGGAUCUCACAAUAUCUACAAGGACAGAUUCCCAGACACCGUACACGAUAUGGAAUACACAUAUUUAUGUACUCCACCACGAUAUUGCCAU